AUGACUAGGGAUCAUGAGCAGCACAAGCGAAGACGCAGGGCCUGGGACAGAGGAUUCUCUAUCAAGGCUAAUCUGGAGACAGGCAAGGUUGGGUUCGGCAAGGAGUUCAACGGAGUGACCAAGGGAGAAGAGCACCCAGCGAUUCAGGGUGUCCACUCGUCUAUGGAGGUUCUUGGUAUCUUGAGCCACGUCCCGUGGCUACUGAACAUGGCCGAAUACCCACAAGACAUCGUGUCCUGGCUGGUCAAGGCCGUUAUGGACAAUGACCCAGCGGCCUCCCCCUCAGUCCCAGCACUGCACGAGGACUCGCGCGUCGUGAUCGUCGCAGGCAGCGAGACCACAGCCACGACGCUGGCCUGCAUGUUCUACUACCUGUCCAAGCACCCAGAGGUCCAGAGGAAGCUCCAGGCACAGCUGGACGCGGCCCUGGGGUCCGGGCCGUGGAGCUACGAGGUCGUCAGGAACGUGGCCUUCAUCGACGACAUCGUCAACGAGACGCUGCGGCUCAAGCCGGCGCUGGCCUCGGGCGGCCACCGCGUCACGCCGCCGCAGGGCAUCACCGUGGACGGCACCUUCAUCCCGGGGGACACCAACGUGUUCGUGCCCACGUACGCCAUCCAGCGGGACCCGCGCUACUGGCAGGAGGCGGACCGCUUCGUGCCCGAGAGGUUCGGCGAGAGGAGGGCCGAGAUGGGCACCGACAGGGCCCCGUUCCUGCCGUUCCAGCUGGGCGCGUACCAGUGUCCUGGUAAGAACCUGGGCUUCCUGUCGCUGCGGAUCACGCUCUCGCGGGUGCUGCGCGAGUUUGAUGUCAGCUUCGCGCCGGGGGAGGAUGGUGAGGUGUUUGAUCGUGAGGCCAAGGAUACGUUCACCACCACGCUGCCGCCUGUGAUGAUUCAGUUCACCAAGAGGAGGUGAUGGGUGAGAUCUGGAGCUAUGGUUCACAGGGUGCUCAACUCCAGUAGGCCAAGUCGGUGGAACGCUGCUGACAGUUGUUUUGCCUGAAUGAUACCUUCUUGAGUCCAGUUCCAUGCAGUCAAACUGCACGCAUGGAUGACAAAGCGAGCCCCCAGGGGAAAAUAUAGACCAGUUCUUGUCAACCUACCGCCAAGUCUUCAAACCUGCCAAAAUGAAUCCUGUUGGAGCUUGCAUCGGCA